GGUAAAAUAAAGUAACAUUUUUUGUCCAUUUCGGCAUAAGUUUUUCAAAAUUUAGUAGUAGAGCUCUACUCUAAAGUGCAUCUUGGUGAAAAUGGUAUAUUCGGGAUGUAUUUUGAUGAUUUUUCUGUUUCCCUGCAGUACAAUCUUACAUAAAGAUUUUGCCAGCAGAGUACAGUCAGUUCUUCGCCGGUUUGGGAUAUUUCAACAGUAUAACGGUAUACCUGACUGCAUUGAUGUCGCUCGUACAAAGGCACAGUCUCUGUUUAACUCACCGAAUGCGUUGGAUAGCCGGGACAGUUAUUAUGCCGUUAUACUUAUAAACAUGUUUUCUAAUCCGUCGUGUACUCUCUCUAAAACGGAAAACAAUGGAAUUUUCUACAAAAGGUUAAACAAAGAACUACAAAAUACUAGACCAAGAGGACCGGAGUCUAAACUAUGGCGUAAGGUAGGGAGUCUGAUCAAUAAAGCGCUAGAGAUCAUGAGGCUCGAACCUGUCGAUGUUGUUUACCGUGGAUGCGUAUACCAUCCGGAUUUUUCGCAACCAGAAUUCAGUUUUCGGAAAAUAACAAGCACAUCCACGGAUCCCUUGAUAGCAGGAAUAUAUUCUGAUUGUAAAACUUUUAUUCUAAUUGAAGACGCUCUUGGCUUAGACAUUGAGAGAUACUCUCAGAUCCCGGACGAAUCUGAAAUACUUCUACAGUCAACUAACGUUUAUUUGGUUGAGAAAUAUACAAGAAAUGAGACGGAAAUACACGAAGAAAUGGAGAAGAUAUUACCGGGGAUGACGCCGCCAGAAGUGUUUGUGCGUUUACGACAGAAACACGGGACUAAGCAUACAUUUCUUUCUCGAUUAUUAAGUUGUAGUUUCGGGAUUUGCAGGUCCGGAGAUUGACUUUCUUCAAAAGUGUUCUGCUCCUUGCUAAAUAUUAUUUGUCGCUAUUUCAUAUUUUUGUCAUUAUGUUACAUUUCUUACAAAUAAAUAAAGCAAAGGAAGACGAAAAGAAGUCUAGAACCAAAUUAAGAAAA